GGUGAAUUUGGUCUAUGGGAGAGACAAAACACAAUCACUACUCUGUUCUAUUCUUUAACUUUAUCGUGUUGUCAUUGCGUCGAAUAUGAACCUUGUGCCAUGCUCACGCAGAGCAGCCCACCCCAACUUCAGGGCUCGGAUACUCUCGUACGACGCUUGGGGGAAGCCGACACCCGGGAAUCGAUUGCGACGCGACCAGCUGGAAAGAAUGCCAACUUCAACUACACCUAGGUAUGGCGUGGUUGAUUAUUGCCUGCUUGACGCCCCCUUCCCAGAUCAGGCCUUGCUUCGUGAAGUAUAGAGAUUCUGUCGCCAUUUAUUCUGUGGCUACGCUACAACAGCUCUACGAAAUGAUGGCUGCUACGAAUGAUUCAAGUUUGGAAGUACCGAAUAUCGUUACCACUGAGGUUGAAAACAAACACGUUAGCCUCAUAUCUCAAGCAGUACCAUUUCCACGCACUCGGCAACCAUGGUUCAACAGCUUGCUAACCAUAUCCACACCCCAGUCCGUGGAUCCACCUGACUCUCCGAUAUUCAUCUCAUCUCAAACGCCCCUCACAGCCGCAUCCACUCCAAAAUCCGAAGCAAGACCACUCUGGGGCUCGAACACGCGCGCUGGAGAGCAAAGUAGAUCCUCUGGAUCCGAUAACAAGGCAUUGCAAGGCAGAAGAUGGAAGCAGAGUAGGGAAAUUAACGGACAUCGCGACGGGCAAGCCGUGGAAUCGAGAUGGUGGGAGGACAUCGGGAAGACGACGCCAAGCGUAAAGGCCGCGUUAGCACCGGUAACCGGCCCGAUACAUUCCGAUCCGACUGAUAACCGGUCGGCAACUAAACGCCUAUUGUCGAAGUUGUCGAAAACAAUGCAUGCGGUGAAGAGGGAAUCAAGAUUACUUUCGGGAUUCCCAUCUUUGGUAAACUCGUCGAUGGACCCCAAGACUGAUUAAUUAUGUAAAGACAUU